AUGAGAGUUCUCCUGACAGGUGGAUCCGGCUUCAUCGCCGCUCAUUGCGUUGACUACCUGCUUCAGCAUGGCCACUCUGUCGUCUUUACCGUACGAUCGCCGGAAAAGGGCCAAAAGAUCUUGAGGAAUCAUCCUGGUCAACCCAAGGAUAAACUCAACUACGUGAUCGUUGGCGACAUCGCACAAGAAAAUGCCUUUGACGAGGCCGUCAAAUCAGAUCCUCCCUUCGAAGGCGUUUUGCACACCGCGUCGCCAUUCCACUUCAAUGUUACGGACCCCAAGAAAGAUCUCUUGGACCCUGCCAUCAUUGGUACUACUGGAAUUCUCAAGGCCGUCAAGAAAUAUGCUCCUACUGUCAAGAGGGUAGUCAUUACCAGUUCUUUUGCAGCAAUCAUUAACCCCAAGUCGCAUGAGAAGGUCUACAGCGAGAAGAACUGGAACCCGGUUACAGAAGAGGAAGCCACACAGGAUCCCGCAACCACAUACCGUGCGUCAAAGACAUUCGCUGAGCGGGCGGCAUGGGAGUUUGUCGAAAAAGAAAAGCCCAACUUCGACGUCGCGACGAUCAAUCCACCACUCGUCCUUGGGCCGGUUGUGCACUACCUCAAUUCCCUUGAGACCAUCAACACGUCCAACGAGCGAAUCCGAAAUAUGAUCCAAGGCCGUACCAAAGAAUCCGGUCUCCCUCCCACAGGCGCCUAUCUCUGGGUUGACGUUCGGGAUGUAGCACUUGCUCACGUCAAAGCCCUGGAAAUUCCUGAAGCAGGUGGCAAACGAUUCUUUUGCACAGCGGGCCUCUAUUCCAAUGCCGACAUUGCUCAGAUUAUCAAGCACCGCUUCCCAGAACUGGCUAGUAAGCUGCCGGACAAGAUCGAAAGCGAUAUGCCUCAAGACAUCUAUCAGUACGAUAACUCGAGAUCGAAAGAAGUGCUCGGCUUGAAGUACCGAAGUCUAGAGGAAAGUGUUGUGGAUACGGUGAAGUCACUACUCCAACUCGGUGCUUAA